CUGAGCUAAAUCCCCAACCCUACACUCCCAGUUUUAAAUCCUCAGCUGAGUGUUUAAAGCCAGAUGGCCUCCUGGUAAGACUGCUCUUGGGCUCAGAUCUUGCCUCUAUUCCCUGGAGCAAGAGAGAAACUUAGAGAGCACUGAGGCAUAGAACGGUUGGGGAAACUGAGGCACAGAGGAGCAAAAUGACUCUGGCCUUUUGGCUGCUGGGGAGUACCAGGUGCCAGGAUGUGGCGUGGACCUGGAGACAGAUAGACAGGAUGUAGGUACAGAGACUCUGUACUCUACAGCUCUGAGCAUUCUUCACUAGUCUUGAUAAUCACACAGCCAGCCAUGGUCACUGGGCGGGGACAAAGGUCCAGAGAGGUGGCCCCAUCACAGCCAGAUACUGUUGACUCUCCUUGGACGCCAGACCUAGCAUGGGAUGUCGCUUCAGAGGACACAGCUUUCUCCUCUCUCCUUUCUAUCCACAUUCUCUGAGCCUUUCUUGGGUACCUGGUGUGGUGCUGAGUGCUGGGGACAGGGCAGAGUGUGCUGCCAAGAGGGGACACAGACAUCUGCUGAGCUUCCCCAAGUCGCCACCACAGGCUCGGCCAAGCCAGCAUGGUGGACCACUUGCUUCCAGUGGACGAGACCUUCUCGUCACCAAAAUGCCCAGUGGGGUACCUGGGUGAUAGGCUGGCCAGCCGGCGGCCAUACCACAUGUUGCCCUCUCCCAUCUCUGAGGAUGACAGCGAUGUCUCCAGCCCCUGCUCUUGUGCCAGCCCUGACUCACAAGCCUUCUGUUCCUGCUACAGUGCAGGUCCAGGCCCUGAGGCCCAGGACAGCAUCUUGGAUUUCCUCCUGUCCCAGGCCACACUGGGCAGUGGUGGUGGUAGUGGAGGUGUUGGAGAUGGCAGUGGCCCUGUAACCUGGGGAUCAUGGAGGAGAGCCUCUGUGCCUGUGAAGGGGGAACAUUUCUGCUUCCCUGAAUUCCUGUCAGGAGACCCUGAUGACGUCCCCAGGCCUUUCCAGCCUACGCUGGAGGAGAUUGAAGAAUUCUUGGAAGAGAACAUGGAGGCUGAGGUCAAGGAGACUCCAGAGGGCUGCAGCAGGGACCUGGAGGCCUGUUGUCAGCUCUCAGCUGGGUCACACCGGAGCCACCUCCAUCCAGAGUCUGGUGGGAGAGAGCGCUGUAGCCCACCACCAGAUGGCACCAGCGGGGGUGGCGCCCAAAGUGCUAAUGAGGGGCCAGCACGGGAUGGCCCCAUGCCGGUGCUACUGCAGAUCCAGCCUGUUGCCGUGAAACAGGAGGCAGGUGCGGGGCCAGCUUCCCCAGGGCAGGCCCCAGAGAGUGUCAAGGUCGCCCAGCUCCUGGUCAACAUCCAGGGGCAGACCUUUGCACUCCUGCCUCAAGUGGUACCAUCCUCCAACUUGAACCUGCCCUCCAAGUUUGUACGCAUCGCACCUGUGCCCAUCGCUGCCAAACCUAUUGGUUCGGGAUCCCUAGGGCCCGGCCCUGCUGGCCUCCUUGUGGGCCAGAAGUUCCCCAAGAACCCAGCAGCAGAACUUCUCAAAAUGCACAAAUGUACUUUCCCCGGCUGCAGCAAGAUGUACACCAAGAGCAGCCACCUCAAGGCCCACCUGCGCCGGCACACAGGCGAGAAGCCCUUCGCCUGCACCUGGCCGGGCUGCGGCUGGAGGUUUUCCCGCUCAGAUGAGUUAUCACGGCACCGACGAUCUCACUCGGGUGUGAAGCCAUACCAGUGUCCUGUGUGUGAGAAGAAGUUCGCGCGGAGUGACCACCUCUCCAAACACAUCAAGGUGCACCGCUUCCCACGGAGCAGCCGUGCAGUACGCGCCAUCAACUGAGUGCAGUGGCCCCGCCCCCAGCCCCACGCUUUGUUUUUAGAUGCAAUAACUUAUUGCCUCCUUCAGAAGGAUGAGACAAUGUUACCAGCCCCCUUCUGAAUCUUAGGAGGUGUGACCCAGAGCCGCCAUGGCUGCCUUUCCGGGAAGGACCUAGAGUCCCCAAAGGUCCCUGGGGGCUGGUUCCCCUGGUGGCCCAGGUGGCCCAGGCAGGCCUGUGCCCUUGUGCCUUUGUGCCUUCCUGCCAGCUGGAAGGGUUGUUUUGGGGGCCCUUACCCUUCUCCCGUUGGGCUCCCUACCUGGGCCAAAGCCAACAUUAUUGCUGGGGAAGAAGUAUUUUGGUUGUGUCGAAACAGUUCCCAGAGGGAGCCAUGCUGGGAAAAAUGAAGUAGGUCAAAAGUGUAGGGCUGCACUGUGGCGUGAGGACCGUACCAUAUGCAAGAGGCCUUUGAGGGUCCAGGAGGAUGGCCACCCUCGUUCUAGGCCAUAGUGCAUGUGCUUAAAUGCAAGACAAAUGGAGCCAUAUCCAUACGUACCCAGCCUGGCUCACCCUUCUCCCGACGUCAGCCUCCCGGUUGUGGUGGGAGGAGACAGGAACAGGCCUGGUGGGUGCCAACAACUAGCUACUGCCUCCCAGUCUGACUUAGAUUUGCAUUCCUCAUCAGGUCUAGAAAUUAGUACCAAUUGGACUAGCUUGUUUUGACAGGUCUAUUUCACAUCCUAUGAAUGUAUGUAAAUAAACUGUACAUAGGUACGCAUCUACAUAAAAUAUCUUUUAAUAACACGUUGACAUUUGUGUAAAUUGAAAAUUAAAAAAUUCUAUAAAGUUGGUGUACAUAUGUUACAAUUAUGUAUAUUUUCUUUGGUCCUUCAUAAAAAUAUAUUUACUUUGCCAAU